GUCCUGUUUACGCACGGAUCCAGAAGAGGAGACAGCAGGAGACUGUUUUCAUUUCACGCUUGACUUUUAAACACAUUUGGGGGGAAAACUAGGAUCAUGUCGGUUGUGAGCGCAGUUCCGUUCAUGAGGCCGAUCCACAUGCGCUCUCCGGUGUCGCAGGGCCGCAGACACACGCUGCCGGCCAGCGAGUUCCGCUCCCUGAGCCCGGAGGAUGCCAUCAGUGUGUUCGAGAUAGAGAGAGAAGCCUUCAUCUCAGUGUCCGGAGAGUGUCCUCUGCACCUGGACGAGGUGCGUCACUUCCUCAGCCUGUGUCCUGAGCUGUCUCUUGGCUGGUUCGAGGAGGGACGGCUGGUGGCGUUCAUCAUCGGCUCACUGUGGGACCAGGAGAGGCUUAACAUGGACGCCCUCACGCUCCACAAGCCCCACGGGACCACCGUCCACAUCCACGUCCUGGCCGUCCACCGCACCUUCCGCCAGCAGGGCAAAGGCUCCAUCCUCAUGUGGCGUUACCUGCAGUACCUGCGCUGCCUGCCCUACAUCCGCCGCGCCGUCCUCAUGUGCGAGGACUUCCUGGUCCCCUUCUACCAGAAGUCCGGCUUCAAGGUGCAGGGCCGCAGCGCCAUCGCGGUGGGGCCCCUCACCUUCAUCGAGAUGCUGUACCCGGUCAGGGGCCACGCAUUCAUGCGCAGAAACAGUGGGUGUUGAGAGGGGAUUUAUGUGGAUCUUCCACCUGGCUGU